CAAUAAUUCCCGACCCUGCAAAAUGGCCACCGUCAGGCGUCUACAGCAGACUCUCUCCCAUUUCCAAGCGCCCCAGAAACCUCAACAGCUGUCGGUAGUCUACGGUCCGACGCAGCCGGAAUUGCUUGAUAUAACUCUGGGCGAGCUCCUGACUCUCCAAAGCUUGCAGUAUGGCGACUACGAGUGCCUGGUGUUCCCCUGGACCGGAGCCCGAUGGACCUAUGCCCAUCUGAAUAAUGAGGCCGACCGGCUUGCCCGUGGCCUGUUGGCGAUGGGCAUCCAGAAAGGGGAUCGCAUAGGCAUUAUGACUGGCAAUUGCGAGCAAUAUAUUUCUGUUUUCUUCGCAGCUGCCCGGGUCGGAGCUAUCCUUGUUGUCUUGAACAACACUUACACUCCCUCAGAACUGUACUACGCCCUGGACCAUACUGAUUGCCGACUCCUAUUCUUAACCCCGCACAUUGGCCGCCACUCACUGGAGGAAGUUCUGGGAAAGCUAGGCCCACGGCCCAAGCAGAGUGGCAGAUCGGCUGCCCUCGAAGAGAUCAUCAUCGUGCGGGGAGAACAACAGGGCUUUAGCAACUACAACAGCGUGAUUCACCGUGGGCUUUCGCUCCCUAGCUCCGCGCUACUAGAUCGCGAGUCCGAAUUGCGCCCAGGAGAUGUGUGCAACCUUCAAUUCACCAGCGGUUCGACGGGGAGCCCGAAGGCUGCCAUGCUAACCCAUCACAACCUGGUCAACAACUCCCGGUUUAUUGGCGAUCGCAUGGACCUGACCUCCUUUGAUAUCUUAUGCUGCCCUCCGCCGUUGUUCCAUUGCUUCGGGCUGGUGUUGGGAAUGCUCGCCGUCGUAACACACGGGUCGAAGAUCGUUUUCCCCAGCGAAACAUUCGAUCCCAAGGCUGUUCUCCACGCAAUCUCGGACGAGAAGUGCACUGCCCUCCAUGGCGUACCUACCAUGUUCGAAGCGAUCCUGAGUCUUCCCAAGCCGCCCAACUUCGACACAAGCAAUCUCCGCACGGGGAUCAUUGCCGGAGCACCCGUUCCUCGUCCCUUGAUGAAACGCCUGUUCGAAGAAUUGAACAUGACUCAGUAUACGAGCAGCUACGGUCUAACUGAAGCAUCACCCACCUGCUUCAAUGCCCUCACAUCCGAUAGCAUAGAAACGCGCCUCACGACUGUGGGCAAGCUCAUGCCCCACGCCCAAGCCAAGAUCAUCAACGCCAAGGGCCAGAUUGUCCCCGUUGGGGAGCGGGGGGAACUCUGCAUUGCGGGCUACCAACUAACCAAGGGCUACUGGAACAAUCCUGAGAAAACGGCUGAAACAAUGCACACUGACGCCAACGGCACCACGUGGUUGAAUACAGGCGACGAGGCGAUUUUCACACCGGAGGGUUACUGCUCGAUUACUGGGCGAUUCAAAGAUAUUAUCAUCCGCGGCGGCGAAAACAUCUAUCCAUUAGAAAUUGAGGAGCGCCUGGCGGCUCAUCCAGCGAUCAAGAUUGCGUCUGUAGUCGGCAUCCCCGACCAGAAGUAUGGUGAGGUGGUGGGGGCGUUCAUUGAAAUGGCACCCGGAUAUGAGGACAAGCAACCCUCGGUGGACGAGUUGCGCGAUUGGACGCGCGAGACUCUGGGUCGACACAAGGCGCCUCAGCACAUAUUUGUUUUUGGGGAGGAAGGCAUCGACCGGACGGUUCCGGUGACUGGGAGUGGGAAGGUGCGGAAGGUGGACUUGCGGAAGAUAGCAGCGCAGGUGCUGGAAAGGCGCGCCAACGCGGUGCGGUGAGUGGGAUGCCCUGAAGCAAAAAGAAGAUCCGUAGAUAUUUUUAUGAUGAAGACCCUGAGUUGCUUGCUGUCUGCAGUGAUAAAUAU